UUCUCAUCCUCGGAAAUUGCAAACCGAUGUUCUGUCUGCCUUGCUGCCAAUGAGAAGGAAACUGAAACACAACAGCCAACAAUCCCUGCCAACAACAGCAGCGACAGCUUACUGUCAUACAUCAAGCCUUCCUGUCUGAAUAUUUAUCUAUCGAAUUGAUUGAUUAUAUUAUUAAUUAAGAAUGACCUCAUUGGUGCGACCCCUUUCUCUGGCAAGUCAACGAUCGCUCCUCCAUUUGAGUAGUAACGGUAGUCGCCGCAGUAUGGGUCUGUGGCCCAAAAUCCGUCCAGUCCGCAUCAAGGUGAUUACCAUGGACGUGACGGGUACCAUUGUCUCAUUUCGAGGAACGUUGGAAGAACACUACGUGGGCGCCGCGGAAAAAUCGGGGAUACCGUCCAGUCAACUCCAACACAAACGAUUUGGCGCAUCCUUCAAUCAAGCCUAUAAAGAAUGCUGUGAGAUGCAUCCCUGUUUUGGUGGCAAUAUAAUGUCGGCCAAAGAAUGGUGGCGCAUCUGCGUCCAACGGAGUUUUCAAUUGGCCGGUGUGGAAAUGGAUCCCCAUCAACAAGAUGUCGUCUUUCAACGCAUUUAUUCCACAUUUGGCAGUCAUGCCGCGUACGAAUCCUUUCAAGAUGCCAAACCAUUUCUGCAAUGGGCACGACGCAGUGGACUCGUCACGGGCAUUUUAUCCAAUGCCGAUGAACGAUACGGCGAUUCCAUAUUGCCCAUGCUCGGGAUUACACUCGAUGAAGUGCAAUUUCAUUGUUUCAGUAAAGAUUAUCAAAUCGAAAAACCACAUUCCCAAUUCUUUCAAGCCGCCAUUCGAGCGGCUGUGCCGUGGUUGUUGGCAAAUCAACCUACCAAGUUUCAAAAAGAACAACAACUGUUGUUGCAACCAAAAGGAAGCAGUGUUGUCAAUUUGGACGCCAUUUGUGCCCCUUCCGAGGUACUGCAUAUAGGCAAUGACUACGAAAAAGAUUUUGAAGGAGCCAGACGAGCGGGUAUGCAUUGUGUCUUGUUGGAUCGAUAUGCCGAAGACGAAAAGGCAGCCGAAUGGAAACGACGAGGAGCACCCGUCUUGAAAGAUUUACUCGAUGUCGUAGAGUUUCUAGGUAGAAGCAAUUGUCGGUUGGGAUGAAUAUCAAAAUGACAAUGACAAUAUCAACGACAAUCAUUCUUUCCAGCAGAGAACAGAGGAGGAUACAAUCUUGACGCAUUAACGAGACCCACAGUCAUAACAAUCCAUCUUUUCAAUCAUCGCAAGUUAGUUAGUGAGACUACGGUGAGGAUGGCCCGACUAUCUAUAGACCGGUGUUGUUGGUGUUGUCGGCUGAUAUUUCUACUACUA